GGAGCGCGGCGGGCGGUGGCGGCGGCGGCGCGCAGGCACUAUGACUCCUUUGAGGACCCAGCAUUCCUUGGCAGGUCAGACGUACUCAGUGCCUCUCAUCCAACCUGACCUGCGGCGAGAGGAAGCCAUUCAACAGGUGGCAGAUGCCCUGCAAUACCUACAGAAAGUCUCUGGAGACAUCUUUAGCAGGAUCUCCCAGCGGGUAGAGCUGAGCCGGAGCCAGCUGCAGGCCAUUGGGGAGAGGGUCUCCUUGGCCCAGGCCAAGAUCGAGAAGAUCAAGGGCAGCAAGAAGGCCAUCAAGGUAUUCUCCAGUGCCAAGUACCCAGCCCCAGAGCGUCUGCAGGAAUACGGCUCCAUCUUUACUGGGGCACAGGACCCUGGUCUGCAGAGACGGCCUCGCCACAGGAUCCAGAGCAAGCACCGCCCCUUGGAUGAGCGGGCCCUGCAGGAGAAGCUGAAAUACUUUCCUGUCUGUGUGAACACCAAGCCAGAGCCCGAGGAUGAAGCUGAGGAAGGUCUUGGGGGUCUUCCAAGCAACAUCAGCUCUGUCAGCUCCUUGCUGCUCUUCAACACUACUGAGAACUUGUACAAGAAGUAUGUCUUCCUGGACCCCCUGGCUGGUGCUGUAACAAAGACCCAUGUGAUGCUGGGGGCAGAGACGGAGGAGAAGCUAUUUGAUGCCCCUCUGUCCAUCAGCAAGAGAGAGCAGCUGGAACAGCAGGUUCCAGAGAAUUACUUCUAUGUGCCAGACCUGGGCCAAGUACCCGAGAUUGAUGUGCCAUCCUACCUGCCUGACCUGCCUGGCAUUGCUGAUGACCUUAUGUACAGUGCUGACUUGGGGCCAGGCAUUGCUCCCUCUGCUCCCGGUGCCAUUCCAGAACUGCCCACCUUUCCUACAGAGGUUGCAGAGCCUUUCAAGGCGGACCUAGAAGAUGGGGUGCUGACAGCACCCCCACCACCGCCCCCACCGCCACCCCCAGCUCCUAUGCUGCUGGCCAGCGCCCCUCCACCCCCACCUUCACCCCAGACUGUGGCCUCCACCAGCCUAGGUGCCAGGGAGGACGACAACAGCAGCAGUGCACCUCCUUCAGUUCCAGUCCAGGGAGCUCCCAAGGAAGUGGUUGACCCCUCCAGUGGCCGGGCCACUCUGCUGGAGUCCAUCCGCCAAGCUGGGGGCAUCGGCAAGGCCAAGCUGCGCAGUGUUAAAGAGCGCAAGCUGGAGAAGAAAAAACAGAAGGAGCAGGAACAAGUGAGAGCCACGAGCCAGGGUGGAGACCUGAUGUCGGAUCUCUUCAACAAGCUGGUCCUGAGGCGUAAAGGUAUCUCCGGGAAGGGACCUGGGACUGGAGCCAGUGAGGGACCAGGAGGAGCCUUUGCGCGAAUGUCAGACUCCAUCCCCCCUCUGCCGCCCCCACAGCAGCCACCAGGAGAGGAAGACGAGGAUGACUGGGAGUCUUAGGUGGCUCCUCCCUCCCUAAACCCUGACUGUUGCCUUCUUGGAAACAUCCAGGAGCAGCUCCUGGGCCUACCAUCCUCUCAGCCUAAGGAUCUCAGCUGGGAUAGUGGACAGUCCCAGAUCUGCACCUAGACCCCCUGCACAGGGUGUAUGUGUAUGCCACCCGCUUGUGCCCUGCUCAUGUGACUGCCUUACCCACCCUUUACCAGGGUGCUCUUCUAAAGAUCUUUGAGAAUACAGCAACAUGAAUCAAUAAAGAAGGGUAAUACAGGAAUGGA